AUGGACAGCGAAAUUGCACAUGAAGAUUUGAAUGGUAUCGAGGAGAUGGUUGAAUGUGAUGCUCAGAACAAAAAGACAAUAUUACCCGUUAAUUGGGUCAGCGUCAACAAUCAAAUUUCAAAAUACCGGUUGAAGAUCCCAGAGAAAAAAAGAAUGUACAAUCCCUUAUAUUAUUUUAUAAUAGAUCACACGGGCCAGCACAUUCCGACGAUGAAGCUACUGCGUUCAACAAUUACUAAUAUCAAAAACAUUUGGAUACCUUUGAGUUGCGUGGAUGAGGGUAAUUUCUUUGAUGCCGUGAUCAAGCGGCUUCAGAUGGAUGAUCUUGAUUUAUUACCCGCUGGCACGCUUGAGCUGCGUCGCAUCAAAGAUCUCCUCCGUCAAUUGGGGGAAAAGUCGAUUGUCGCUUGCGCAAGUAGAAGAAACGAAAGAAGAGACCCGCAGUUGGCUGCCCUCCCGGGUCAUAAAUGCGAUUUUCUUGUUACUUGCAAAUCGGCGUCAUGGACUCCUGAAAUUGGUGUUGGAGAAGUGUCUGGCAGGUUGCCACAAUGCAAUCGCGCCAAAUAUUGGGAGGAUAAAAUUAAUCUUUCAUUAGAACUUCGCGACAUUCUAAUACGAAUCAAGAAGCAUCUUCACGGUGUUAAUACAGCAAAACUCCGUGUUUAUGGAUGGCAGCUUACUGGCCUUCGACUGAAAAUAUACUCAUUGUCAUGUGAAGGCGAACUCCUUCAUCUCCGGCUGGAACGCGAAGCCUGGCUGCCAAGUGAUGAAUCGAAUCUGUACACAGCUGAAGAUGGCAUCAAUGCAUUUAGAGCAUUUGGGCAAAUGAUGGCAAAGACUGCACAACAUCUUCAUCAGUUAUGCAAAGAAAAAAUUCUC